AUGUUCCCCACUUCAAGAAAUCAUCAGAGAACGGUCAAUGCCGCAAAGGCUUAUCAGCACGAGUCGCCACCCACUCAAGAAGGGUCGGAUAGCUGUUAUGGAGUGAAGAGCGUUUCUAGCUGGGGUGAACAGUCUGAAGUGAAUGAUAUGCCUGGUCCAUCAGAUACAUAUGCUUAUGGUCGGAGUGAAAUAAGAGAUGAGCAAGAGGAGACAAAGGACAAGAACGAUGACGAUGAAGAUGGAGAGGGUGAAGGCGAAUCGACACCCGAAGGGGAUGUCAGUCUAUCAUCCUCUGGCAUAGGCUUGAACUUGGAGGGUGAUCAAUCAACUCAAAUGGGUCAAACAUCUCCAUCACAUCAAGCAAUAUCACCAUCAAGACCAGUUCACACGAAUCCAGAACAAAGGAUCGUCCCACCCAGUCCGGAAGAUACUGUCCAUCCACUUGACCAUUCCCAUCUCUCUCAUUCAGAAGGCUCACCUAUAUCAAAGAGAGAACAUCAUCAUCCAUUGACAUUGGAACAUAUAACUCGAUCGUUCAAUGUCGAUUCUCCCUUCUUACCUACCACAUCCGAACCGUCUUCACCAGCAAGUUUCACCUCAAUGCCAUCAUACGUCGCCUCCCUUUCAUCCCUUUCUCGCACAUCAUCAAUCUCGCCUAUGGGAAUCAACGAAUAUAGUAGUCAACAUCCACAUAUCACUGACGAGCUGGUUCUACCUACUCUGGCAUUACCUUCGGAAAGCCUUAGUUUGCAUAUGAGUUUGAACAAAUGGACAGGCGAGGAAGGUGGUCUAGGCGUUAUAUUGCUAGGUGAGAGGGAGGAUGUGCAGAGGUGUUUGAGGAGGUUGAGGGAUGAAGAGGCACUCGUAGAGAUCCAGCAGGGCGUCGGAGUGGUCAGAGACGGGAAAAUCGCCAUGAGAAUUAUGACGGGGUAUAUAUCGGCCGAACAGGCUCGGGAUCGGGUGCUACAUGCGUACAGUACCUUGAAUGCGCUAUUGCACCCGCAGUUGCGAGAAGAUACCUCUGCACGAGCUGAAUUACGGAGGUUGGUCGAAGGGUAUAUAGGGAGAUCAGAUUGGAUACAUGCGGUCAUCAAUCUCAACGAACAUGAGGUCAAUCCGCCCUCUCUCGAAGGAAUUAUCCCUGUUCUGCAUAGCAACACAAAUACACCUCCCGAUAUCGCCAACAAUGAUUCUAUCACAUCUACAGCGAAAACACCCUCUCUUCGUUCAAUCGAGAUCGAACCUACCCCUCGACCGUCUGACGAAGCAUCGGCUUCAGGAUACUUUGCUCCUCGCUCUUACACACCCUCUCCUGCGUCUUCACCUGGACUUUCCGGCGAGUUCGGAAUUGACAUGCAAGCGGUUUCGCAAAUCAUCAGCAUCCUUCAUGAUCCCACGGGAUGCAUGGACAGAUCGAUAGAUACAUUUUUAUCAUGGCGAUCCACUCUCACUCAUCGAACGACUGAUCAUCUCACUUCGCCUGUACCAUCACUGUAUGGCGAUAUGACGGGUCAAGGUCAAGGAGAGAGGACUAUGGCAUCGUCUUUGACUUCCACUUCGUCAGGUGUAGGAGCUAUGCCUACUGUUGCUCGUGCUCAGGGAGGUGGAGAGUGGGAAGCAACCUUAUCCAGGAGAGUUGCCCAACGAAGGGAAUCUGAUUCGUCAAGAUGUAUAAGAGAUAAAUCGAUAGGUAUGGGUACGAGUAAUCUACGUGGGAAGGGAAGGAGGAAAAGGUCUUUGGAGAAAAUACCCAAAGUUGUCGAGAAAGAGAAAGACUGUCUUCCACCGCUAUUUCCUCGUAAAUCCACAUCCAAGUCCAAGGGAGUGAGUGAUAAAGGUUUAGGAGUGAAUGAUAUGGUAGAGAAGACUUUUUUCCUCAGGAGUGUCAAGAAGUGGACGAGGGGUUGGAGAGGUCUGCUAGUCGUGGGAUUAGUAGUAGCUGUAGGAUAUGGUUGUUGGAUCAGUAAGAAGGGAUCUAUAUGA